AUGUCGGUUCCAAUCAGAGCCACCCGUCCUUUCCGUAACCCAAUUAUCGUGGCCACGGCGAGAGAUCGUCCCCGGUCAUUCAGCUCCACCCGGAGAGCGCGAGAUGUCCGAUCCGCCUCGCAGUCUAUCCCUCGCGAACCAUCGAGAGUCCCCGCCGCAAGAUCCACACCCAGUCAGUCCAGCGUGUCAUUGGUCUGUUGUAGCCUCUUCCGUCUCUACAACUGGCUUGCCCUGAUUCGCAGAGGGUACGCUGCUCAGUUUCGCCGCUGUAUUGGCCCGUCAGUACUCACUCUCCGCGCUCUCUGGUACUAGCAUCCACUCUGAUCCGGUCUUCUCUUUCCUCAAGUCGCUCUCCCGUAUUUCAUCUCCUCCAAACGAAGCAACGACAAGAAGAAGCGCGAACGCCAUCGUCAGGAACGGCAAGGGGGUGCCAUGUCCCAGAUGGCCUCGGGUGGGUUUCCUCUCAGUAGGUACGCUCAUCCUUUUGAGUUCACGUCUGAUCGAUUCGACCCUUGUGACGGCAGGCGUCCAGAUCGAUAUGGCCCAAAAGACCCCGUGA